UCUCUCCCAGCUGCUCCCUGAACUGGGCCUUAAAAUCUACCUAGAAACCUCACAAAGGCUGGAAAUUAAAUAGUGGAGCAGAGAAGGAAAUAAAGGAUAGUCAAACACUGCGUUCAUCAGUGUAGGACCUGAGGAAGCCAGGCACUAAAAUCAUCACAGAAAUACAGCCUAUUACAGUCAAAGGGUAUAUUUUCUAGAAAAUUAUUUUUUCCCCUUUAUAUAGUCCCCUGAAAUUAUUAUCCACAGAUUAAUCCUGUACCACAACUGACGCACAUCUAACUGUAUUUGUGGGAGUGCAGGAAUGCCUUUUUAUCAUGAAGCAGGAGAGAGAGAGAAGGAAAUGGUCAGAAUAGAUUUAAUAUGUAGAGAAAGGAGAAAAGAAAUUUCAACAUAAUAGUUUAAAAAAAAAAUGUUCCUUUAGUAUCAGUUUGUAUUGUUUAAAAAAAGCCAUUUCCCAGCAAGAAAGCCCCUCUCUGCACGUGUGUGCCCUGGCAGAGAAAGGGCAGCUGCCCACAAUCAAAACUCACCUUGCAAUAUCUUGCUUUGCAAAACCUUGGACCGUUUCCUCCAGAUGCCUUUUCGUGAACUAAACAUAUGAAUUGGUAGUGAAUCCAGUGAUGCUAUCACUCCGGAUCGCUGCUGUCCCUUUGGCUUUUCACCAAAAAACCAUUCUCAGCAUAGGACCCUUCAUCCCCGCUGCUCCUGGGGCUGGUGUCGCUGUAAAUCGUAAAUAUUUGGAUGUGCUCCUGGCGCCAGGGCGAGAGUGGCAGCGCGUUAAAGCUCCAAAAAAAAAGGUCCCGGUGAGAGGGGGAAGCAGUAUUUCAACGUGUCGUCACCGGAGCACGGGAGUCGCCCGCGCUUUCCCCGCGCGGAGCGGCGGUGGGGCGCUCGGGGCUGGGAUCGCCCGCUCCUCCCGGGGGCCAGCGCCGCCCCUGGCCCGGGCUGGCAGCGAGCGAGCGAGGGACGGCGCUGCGUUGGCUCGCAGCUGAGGGCCCCGGAGCCGGCAGGGCAGGGGGCGGGCAGCCCCCCGUGCUCUCUCCCCGCCUCGCAGCCCCCUCUCCGCUCAGCGCCGGGCCUCGCUGCCUGGCACCUUUGACCUGGCCGGGGACAAAGCCCUGAGUGCCCCGGCUCAGCUGGCACCUGAGGCGCCCCUACUGCCCGUGCCCCCCAAAAACGCCCGCACGGGCGCUGUUGUUUCUGUUUUAAAGCGCCUUCUCGGGCUGUUGGGUUUUAUGCUCAUGUGCGCGUUGUGGUUUGUGACAUCUUAGGGCCCAGGUGUGCCGAUAGCCGUAUACAGAAGGAUGCGGGUUUGCUUCCGACCUUGCCACACAAAAAUAACUGCACGUUUCUUCCUAAAUUAACUCGCGGAGCAGCUGUUCGCCUUCACCCAAAUUAGUGACGCUCUGUGAGCAGCCGGCAUAGGAAUAGGUAUCCCCUCCUCCAUCCCGCCGGCCUCUCCGGCAGGGACCGCCGGCACAACCGCGGGGCGAGGGGGUCCCGGGCCCGCUCCCAGCGCCGGCGCUGCCGGGGGAGCGGGGAGCGCUCGGGGUGAGCCCGGCUCCGCUCCCGCCGCGCGUCGGGCGGCCCGAGCUCCCCGCGGGGAUCCCCGGCAGCCCCUCCGCGGUGCGGCGGGGCGCCGGAGGGGGGGAAUCCCUUCUUCCCUCCUCCCCGCCCGGCUGCGCGUACGCCCCGUCCCUCGGCGUGGGCGCUCCAUCAGCUCCGCCGGCAUCUCCCCUCCUCCUCCCCUCCCCGCACACCCACACACUUUCCCCGUCCCUCCUCCCCGCCACUCCGCAGCAGAGUGCUUUUGCAGCCUGUGCGGCUCCUGAGGAAGGAGGUGUGCGGCUUUUUUUUUUUUUUCCUCCUCCUUUUUAUUUUUAAUUUUUUUGUCUUUUCUCCGGAGCGCACCUUUCGGCGGAGCAGCUGCAGCAGCCGCGGCCACGCCGGGACCGAGCAGGGAGGAUGGCGGGGGGGCGUCUCCCGGGGCUGCUUUUUAUCUUGCACGCCGCGGCUCGCCUGGCCGCCGAGCAAGAAGUUGAAAAUCUCUCCGGGCUCUCCCCUAACCCCGAGAAGGACAUCUUCGUGGUGCGGGAAAACCGGACGACGUGUCUCAUGGCCGAAUUCGCCGCCAAGUUCAUCGUUCCCUACGACGUGUGGGCCAGCAAUUAUGUGGAUCUGAUCACGGAGCAAGCCGAUAUCCCGCUGUCGCGGGGCGCCGAGAUGAAGGGCAAGUGCGGCACCAACGAGUCGGAGCUGGAGCUCUCCUGGCUGGACCAAGCGUACACCCUCAAACUCUCCUUCCUGAAGGAGGGGCACAACACGUCCCGGGGCCCGGAGGCGUCCUGGAAGCUCAGCCGGAUCCAGUUCACCUACGACACCUCCGAGCGCACCUACUUCAAGGAUGCCGUCAGCCCCGGGAAGCACACGGCCAGCUCGCACCGGCUCUCGGCCCUGGUGACCCCUGCCGGGCGCUCCUACGAGUGCCAGGCGCAGCAGACCAUCUCCCUCGUCUCCAGCGACCACCAGAAGUCCGUGCAGCUCCUGCUGUCGGAGGUGCGGCUCCAGCCCUUCGACAUCCCCGCGGAUUUUGUCUUCAGUGAAGAGCACAAGUGCCCGGUGGACCAGCGGGAGCAGCUGGAAGAAACGCUGCCCCUGAUCCUGGGGCUGAUCCUGGGGCUGGUGAUCGUGAUCACCCUCGGCAUCUACCACAUCCACCACAAGCUGACAGCCAGCCAGGUGCAGAUCCCUCGGGACAGAUCUCAGUACAAACACAUGGGGUAGGAGCAGGACCGAGCAACCCGAGCACUGAUCAGGUAGAAAAAGCAAAAGCACUUUUUUCUGUGGGUGAGGAAGGGUUCUGGGGGGCAAGGGAUGGUAUUCACAGCACCUAAUCCUGAGCAUUUCAUGGAGACACUCGGGCUUGGCUUUAGCACAGCCUCUGUAAGGAGAAUCUGUGUCUGAGGUGUCUGUAGGUGGUUUGAAUACCUUCUUUAAGCAGCUGGGCUGAUCAUCUGGAAACAGAAAUGCUUCACGUGUCAGAGUUUCACACUGAGAGCACAGUUAGCUUUCUUGUUUGUUUUAUUCUUUCCCUUUUUCCCAUCCCAAGAGAUUCUUCCCUGCCCCUGCAUCACCUUUGGAGCAUUCGGCCCUCCAUGUUCCUGUCCAUGCAGGAAGCAGGGCUGGGAGACAGAGCCAUUGCCCCGGGCUCCCUCAGGCCCUCUAAUGAAGGGACUCAGCCCACAUCCCCAAGUUUGCACUCAUGUUAAGAAAGGCAUGGAGGCAAAUGCAGGUGUGCUUUGGGAAAAAAAAAUAAAAUUCAAGGUCAGUAACUCCAGUGGAGCAGAUCACAGCUGUGGAGCUGACCCCACACUUGAGACUGGGUGAAGAAAGUUUGUUUUUGCUUCUUGAGCCACAUCUGAACUAAACUUAGAAAAAAAAAAAGAAAAAAAAAAGUAUUGAUACACAAAUUAUAAAGUGCCGUGCUACUGCAAGUCAACUGAGAAAUGCUUCUGGCUGGGCAUCCUGCACGUGUUGUGAUUGUGGUUGAGAUGUUACAUUGCUACCUGCAACUGAUAAUUUUCACAACAAAACAAAACAAAAGAGAAAAACCAGUAAUGUUAAAGUUACUAUGCAGAUUAUUCAGGUAUAAUCUAAUGUAACAGAAAAAUAUAAGGGAACCCUUGAAAUCUAUCCUUAAAUGUAGACGAUUUUUAAAAUUAAUUAAAACAUGUACAUACAUAAUGA